AUGGUCAAACCAAGCGUUGGAGGCUUGUUAGCUCAUGCCGGUCUCUUGGUUGAACUCGUCAAUGGCAUGGCAGACUUCCAGCAGCACUGCGAGUCCUUCACGUCUUCAGCUGGUGGUGUCUGUUUCACGUCAGAGUACAUCACGUCCGGAACAGAGCUCGCUCUCGCCGAAGCCGAUGCCACGUGCGGCAUCUUCACUCAGUCUGUAUCGGUCAAUCUUUGCCGCAUUACGGCUCAUGUCCCUACCUCGAACCGUUCCGGGUUCUGGUUUGAGGCAUGGCUGCCCGAGGACUGGUCUGGGAGGUUCCUUGUGACAGGCAACGGCGGACUAGGCGGCUGUAUCCAAUACUACGACCUCGAAUACGGUGCCUCUCUCGGUUUUGCAACCAUUGCGACCGGCAAUGGACAUCAGGGGUACACUGGAGCCCCCUUUCUCCACAAUCUCGACGUCAUUCAGGACUUUGCCUACCGCUCCAUCCAGAAUGGGGUUGCUGUUGGCAAGGAAAUCACUCAAGAAUUUUACGGAGCGGCCCAUGAUAAGAGCUAUAACCUCGGAUGA